UCUUGAGCCCCUGUUUCUGGUGCGUAGAGACUGUAAAUCACUGCACUUCUCACUCAUCAUCACCCCAGCUUUUCCUAGCUCGAAUUCAGCCUCCAAGUCACGGUCGCAGGAAAGAUCCUCCCCCACCGGCACCAGAAAAUCUGACAAGAACUUGAGGUGUCAGCCCUGAGUAGUGAGACCUGCGGUCUGCGGGACAGCUGUGCCUGGAAGAGAAGGACGCUGGUGGGGCUGAGAGCAGAGCUGUCUUCUGGCCCCGUGGCCCCCCAUGCCUCUGUCAUGGCUAACAGUUCUAGGGGCCGGAAUGGUCGUCCUGCACUUCCUGCAGAAACUCCUGUUCCCUUACUUUUGGGAUGACUUCUGGUUCCUGUUGAAGGUGGUGCUUGUUGGAAUUCGGCUGGAGAAGUAUAAAAAGAGAGGGGAGCUGGUGACUGUGCUGGAUAAAUUCUUGAGUCAUGCCAAAAGGCAACCUUGGAAACCUUUCAUCAUCUAUGAGGGAGACAUCUACACCUAUCAGGAUGUAGACAAAAGGAGUAGCAGAGUGGCCCAUGUCUUCCUGAACCAUUCCUCGCUGAAAAAGGGGGACACAGUGGCUCUGUUGAUGAGCAAUGAGCCGGACUUCAUUCACGUUUGGUUCGGGCUGGCGAAGCUGGGUUGCGUGGUGGCCUUUCUCAACUCCAACAUUCGCGCCAAUUCCCUCCUGAAUUGCAUCCGCACCUGUGGGCCUACGGCCCUAGUGGUGGGCGCAGAUUUGCUUGGAACUGUAGAAGAAAUCCUUCCAAGCCUCCCAGAAGAUAUCAGUGUUUGGGGGAUGAAAGAUUCUGUUCCACAAGGUGUAAUUUCACUCAAAGAAAAACUGGGCACCUCAUCUGAUGAGCCCGUGCCACGCAGCUGCCAUGUUGUCUCAUGCCUCAAGUCUACUUGUCUUUACAUUUUUACCUCUGGAACAACAGGUUUACCAAAAGCAGCUGUGAUUAGUCAGCUGCAGGUUUUAAGGGGUUCUGCUGCCCUGUGGGCUUUUGGUUGUACUGCUGAUGACAUUGUUUAUAUAACCCUUCCUCUGUAUCAUAGUUCAGGAGCUAUCCUGGGAAUUUCUGGAUGUGUUGAGUUGGGUGCCACUUGUGUGUUAAAGAAGAAAUUCUCAGCAAGUCAGUUUUGGAGUGACUGCAAGAAGUAUGAUGUGACUGUGUUUCAGUACAUUGGAGAACUUUGUCGCUACCUUUGCAAACAACCUAAGAGAGAAGAAGAAAAGGAUCAUAAGGUGCGUUUGGCAAUUGGAAAUGGUAUACGGAGUGAUGUUUGGAGAGAAUUUUUAGACAGAUUUGGAAAUAUAAAGGUGUGUGAACUUUAUGGAGCUACUGAAGCAAACAUAUCUUUCAUGAACCACACUGGGAAAAUUGGAGCAGUUGGGAGAACAAAUUUCUUUUACAAACUUCUUUUCACUUUUGACUUGAUCAAGUUUGAUUUUCAGAAAGAUGAACCCAUGAGAAAUGAACAGGGGUGGUGUAUUCAUGUAAAAAAAGGGGAACCUGGACUUCUCAUUUCUCGAGUGCAUGCCAAAAAUCCCUUCUUUGGCUAUGCUGGGUCUUACAAGCACACAAAAAACAAAUUGCUUUGUGAUGUCUUCAAGAAGGGAGAUGUUUACCUUAACACUGGAGACUUGAUAGUCCAGGAUCAGGACAAUUUCCUUUAUUUUUGGGACCGUACUGGAGACACUUUCAGAUGGAAAGGAGAAAAUGUUGCAACCACAGAGGUUGCUGAUGUUAUUGGAAUGUUGGAUUUCAUACAGGAAGCAAACGUCUAUGGUGUGGCUAUAUCAGGUUAUGAAGGAAGAGCAGGAAUGGCUUCUAUUAUUUUAAAACCAAAUGAAUCUUUAGAUUUGGAAAAACUUUAUGAACAAGUUGUAACAUCUCUACCAGCUUAUGCAUGUCCACGAUUUUUAAGAAUUCAGGAAAAAAUGGAAACAACAGGAACAUUCAAACUAUUGAAGUAUCAGUUGGUGAAAGAAGGAUUUAAUCCACUGAAAAUUUCUGAUCCACUUUACUUCAUGGAUAACUUGAAAAAGUCCUAUGUUUCAUUGACCAGGGAAAUUUAUGAUCAAAUAAUGUUAGGGGAGAUAAAACUUUAAGAUUUUGUAUAUAUAGAACUUUCAUAUGCUUUCCUAGGAAGAGUGAGAGGAGAGUAUAUGAUUCUUUACUAGGAAAUAGGGACAGAGAGCUAACAUUAAUUAUGUAUGUUCUAUAUUUCCUUAAUAUGGGAGAUAAUUUUUUAAUUGCAUAAGAAUUUUAAUUUCUUUUAAUCGAUAUAGACUUUAGUUGAUUAUUCUUUUUACCUAUUUGGAGAUUCAGUCUAUAACUAAAUAUUAAUAUUAAAGACUUUAAAUAAUAGUGGCUAACGGUUUGGACAAUCACUAAAAAUGUACUUUCUAAUAAGUAAAUUUUCUAAUUUUGAUAAAUGAUUAAAUUUUACUGACAUAUUUU